AUUUUGAAGUGACAUCGUCGUGACAUUACGAUUGCUCAACUCUUGUUGUAGAACACUUUUUGUACCGACGAUUUCAACUUAUCAAUUUUUGUUGAAUUAAUAAAUUGUCAAUAUUUACAAUGAAAAUAUUAAUCAAAGUUUUGAAAGGGGAUGAAUGUGAAGUCGAGGUGUUCGAUACCACAACUAUAUUCGAGUUGAAACGUAAGGUGGAAAAAAUCUUGAAUAUUCCAGCAGCACAUCAGAAAAUUUUGUACCUCGGACGUACGUUAAUCGAUGAUAAAACCAUAGGUUCUUACAGCACGACAAUAAAGCCCGGAUCAAAGUUAACCAUUGUUGUGAAGGAAGGCGAAAUGUUGAAAGACGUCAUGUUAAAGCUGUUCAAGCGCUACUAUCCAGAAGAACAGGCAGCCAAUAUGAAUCGCACUUUCAUUGCUGACUUUGAGCGGAAAUUGAACGAAAUGAGCUUGGACGACAUAGAACGAAUGGCCACAUACUUUCUGAAUCGGGACCGUCAAUUGUAUGGUGAUGCUACACAUCCAAUUUAGUGGUUGCAUGUCCAUAUAUAACAUUACAUUCGAUAAUAAAUCAAAUAAUCAUAAGUGUG